AUGUUCGCCUCAUUCUUCCCCCAAAAGUCACGCCGGCCCUCUGAGACGACGCCUUUGCUUGCGGCCAUCAACCGCUACCGCCGCCGCCAGAAUGGACAGGACUCGGAAGACGACGAGGACGAGCAGGAUGCCCUAGCGCAGUAUGAGGGCGAGGACGACGACGAAAACGAAGACCGCCAGCGGGAUGGACCCUUGCUGCCCGUCUUUUCUUCUGAAGUAUUGGAUCGCAUACCCAUUUACAACACCACGCAUGCGAUCCGGAUAAUCCUCGUCCAGCGAUGCGAAACGACGUUGUCAUGGGACCAGCUGCGCUCCCCGCAGGUGUCGCAGUUCCUCGUCAAGCCCAUCCAGCAGCAGAUUCGCUCCGACCAGUUCUCGCGCGGUCUCCUGUACUGCCUGCUCGCCAACUGCCUACAGUUCAAGAAGGAGGGAGAGGAGAACCCCGGCAAUGUGGGCGUCAGCAAGACGCGGGCGCUCAUAUGCGAGCUGCUGGCUAUGCGCCUGCUCAAGGAGUUCUCCACGCGCGAGCUCAUCGAUGCCCUCUCCUACGACUUCGACCCGCUCCAGGGCAUGAUGGUGCAGGGACGCGGCAACAACACCCCCGGCGGCGCAAACUGGUCGCGACAGGCCUACCGAUCUGCGCGCAUCUCCACCCUAGAGAUCGCCAUUCGCGCUCAGGCCAAGAAGUUCCUCGCCCAUCCUCUGGUAGUACGCCAGCUGGAAGCCAUCUGGGCCGGCACCAUCGUCUUCCACUCCGCAGCCGACAAUCUACACCGGAAGCCAGACUCCCCUCAACAGCGUGGGUACAACACCCGCGAUGAUGCCUCCCCACGAACAGGCCCGUCCCGUCGCAUGUCGCCCACCAAGCCCGCGCCUCCACUCCCUCCGCCCGCUGCGCUCCUCCGCCGUACAGUGACCCUCUACGAUCCCCACGAUGCCUCCCUCUUCAAGCUCUCCCGUCUUCGUGUUCCCCGCUACCGCAACCUGUUCUCGACGCUUUCCUUCGCCAUUAUGCUAGGUCUAUUCUUGGCGGUGCUGGCUGAGAAGUCAGAGGACAUCACAGCCCUCGAGGUUCUGUUCUGGUUCUGGAGUGCUGGAUACAUGCUUGACGAAGUGGUCGGUUUCUCCGAGCAAGGCUUCGGUCUAUACAUUAUGAGUGUGUGGAAUGCCUUUGACUUGGGUAUCCUCCUCAUGUUCAUGGCCUACUACGUCCUACGCCUUUACGGAAUUCUCAUGCCCGAUGUUAGUCGCCAUAGUGUUGCUGCCAUGGCAUAUGACGUACUCGGAUCCACCGCUGUCCUACUCUUUCCUCGACUCUUCUCGGCACUGGAUCAUUACCGAUACUUUUCGCAGCUGCUCAUCGCCUUUAAGAUGAUGGCCAUGGACUUGGUUGCGAUUCUCGUCCUCAUUGUGAUAAGCUGCAGUGGUUUCUUCGUCGCAUUUAGCCUGGCCUUCAAGAGAGAUCUUGGCGCGUCAGACGCCGCAUACGCCAUUUUCCAGCUGGUCAUGGGUUUCACACCCGCCGCUUGGGAUCUCUGGGGUGAGGUCAACUUCCUCGGCAAGACUAUGCUUGCUCUGUUCCUCUUCAUUUGUCAUUUUCUUAUCGUCACCAUCCUGAUCACAGUCUUGACAAACUCUUUUAUGGCAGUCGUUAAGAAUGCCGACGAAGAGCAUCAGUUCCUCUUUGCCGUCAACACCAUCUCCAUGGUCAAGUCGGAUGCUCUCUUCUCCUACAUCCCGCCUACCAACAUCAUUGGAUGGCUAUUGAUCCCGCUCAAGUACACCAUGUCCUUCAAGAAGUUCCUACGCAUGAACCGGCUUGUCAUCAAGCUGACCCAUCUUCCUAUUCUGUUCGUAAUCUUCUUUUACGAGCGUGUUCUUCUGUCACAUCUAUCAUACGGUCCAACUGAUCUGGUUGAACAACGGGGUCGGGCUGAAUCCAAAGCGCCUGUGCCUGCGUUCAGCAUCCGAGGCCCUACUGAGCUGUUCAGUCCGCGCCUGCGCGAGCCAUCCGUCACUACCUUCCAGAAGGACCAGGCACUCGAGGAGGUGUUCCGGCGACCUUUCCGCGACUCUAGCUUCCAACCGACUCCCCGCUACCCAACACCUAGGAGGAACUCGGGCAACGUCGUAUCCGAUUGGAUGAGGAAAAUGGGCGAUGAUGAUGAGAACGAACCACCUCAGGACGACUCGCGGUCAGUUUUGGACCGACUUGAAGGGCCCAAUAGGCCACAUCUUCGGCGAACGAAGACCGCCGGCCAGCCAAGGCGCAGGCAUCCACUCGCUACCAGGACGGUGGUUUCUGACCCUGAUGACGCUGGGACUCCAUUGACCCCAGCUAUAGCAGAGGAAGAAGAACCAGAUCUGAGUCUUGCUAUGGUCAUGGAAGAGGUGCCGCAGCAGACGGAUGCUGAUGGAGACGACGAGGAUGACGACGCAAGUUCUGAUCAGCAAGUUACUCCACGGAUUGAGGCAAGCCAGAAAGACAGCAAGAGGCCUCAGACAGGAUACCAAUCUUCUGAAGACGAGUCCUUCCAAACGCCAAUGGCUGUCUUGCCCAAGUCGCAAAGCCGUACACCCGCCAUUGUGGCGUCGCCCUCUGAUUCCAGCUUCAAAUCGAAAACGCCUUUGUCACCUAGCAAGAGGCGAUUCAAACCGGGACAUGCCCGUAACACUUCCACAAGCACGAUCCUCUUCAGCCCUGUCAAGGAGACUAUGAACGUUUCCCGCGCUCCAUCCCCCGAAAAGCGACCAAGGACAGGCGUUCGCAGUGGAACAGCCACUGGUACGGCCACUCCCGGACGUCUCGACGGUUCGAGUGGCACAGGGGCCAAAACUCCAAAGCGUACUAGUGUCCCACCUCUUGCGGCUCCUUCUCGUCCUCGUGCCAUUAUGCCACCACGCGGGAUAUCGUCCAACCUGCUGUCUAGAAGCCACGGAGCACGCGAGCCUUCGUUCAACGCUAUUGCCCUGGAUCUGGCGUCAGACCUUGGAGACAAUAACCUCAAUCCCAACUUUGGCAACCUCAACGGACUACCUGCAUCAUUCACCACGCAGUUCGAGAUGGCUGCUAGAAUGAAGGCACACGAGAUGCAGAAGGGCAGCGACAACGACUCGGAGUCCAACCGCAUGAGCAGGAUUAUGCUUGCGCGAAUGACUACACUCGAGGAAGGUUUCCGCGACAUGCUUCAGGAAGUCAAGGGACUCAAGCAAGGCGACAGUCAGAUCGGCAGCCGCGGUACGCAAUCGCCACCGAAUGAGCUGGCUGCGAAGAAGAAGGGCAAAGCGAAGAAGAAGAUGAGUAUCCGACGAAGUGAUGAAGAGCCAAGAAUGGGCUCCAGUCUAUAA